AUGGUAUUUGUAUUUAUAUAAUUAUAAAAUUAAUGGAAGUUGUUUACUUAGUUUAUUUAGUUUUGGCUUUAUUGAUUGGUGUAAUAGNCUAGAACAGUUUAUGAAUAAUAAACUGAAUAUGUACCAGUCACUAAAACAGUACCUAGAGUUGAAUAUGAUGCUGUUGAGAGAGAAGUAUAAAGAGUGGUAAUUUAAAAAUAUUUAUUUAUAUUAGUAAUAUCAACCAGUCUAGACCGUUCCUGUUUAACCUGUUGUUUAAUCCAUCGUUCAACCAGUUCAACAACUCACUUAUUCAGUUGCUAGACCUAUAGCCUAAGCUCCAGUUUAUGCUCAACCAGUAGUUGCUCCAGCACUCACUUAUUCAGGUGUUAGACCAGCUUAUGCACCAGUAUUAUCAAUUUAUUAUAUAUAUCUUAGGUUUAUCCAAGUUAUCCUUAAGUUGGUGCUAGACCAUAAUAACCAUAAUAGCCAGUGCCUUCAAACAAACCAUAAUGAGAAUGAAAUAUUAUAUCAUAAGCAUUUGUAC